CGACCGGGAAGACGCGCGCGCGACCCGGAAGGCCUUCCCGCCGCCUCCUGAAGCCGGCGUGAGGGGGGCCGAUGGCGGAGGGAGCGGCGGAGGGAGCGGCGGAGGCCCCAGCAGAGAGUGGUGACAGUGGCGAUUCAGGAGCCGGUGCGCCGGAACGGGGGGUGGCGCCCAUUAAACCUCAAUACCUCACUACCAAGGAGCAGUUCCACGAAUUCCUGGAAGCCAAAGGGCAGGAGAAGCCCAGCCAGGAAAUCGAGGCAGGAGACCGCAGUGGCAAUGACCUGGCUGAACCUGAGGCCAAGCGCAUCCGACUGGAAGAUGGGCAGCCAGGGGAGGUGGCCAAAUCCGGGGAGCAGCCACAGGUUCAGAAGAGAGCCCGGGGCCAGAACAAGGGCCGGCCCCACAUGAAACCCACCCACUAUGACAAGAAUAGGCUCUGCCCCUCCCUGGUCCAGGAAUCAGCUGCAAAGUGUUUCUUCGGCGACCGCUGCCGCUUCCUACAUGACGUGGGCCGCUAUCUGGAGACCAAGCCAUUGGACCUGGGCCCCCGCUGUGUGCUUUUCGAGAACUUUGGCCGGUGCCCCUAUGGUGUGACCUGCCGCUUCGCUGGGGCCCAUCUGGGACCCGAAGGCCAGAACCUGGUGCAGGAAGAGCGGGUCCAGGCCCCGCCGGUCCGCAACGGCCUGGACAAGGCCCUGCAGCAGCAACUGCGAAAGCGCAAGGUCCGCUUCGAGCGUGCUGAGCAGGCCCUACGCCAGCUAAGCAAGGGCCACGUGCCAGGCCCCUCCCCUGAGGCCACUGUCCCCGAGGUGUUGGGAGCCAAAGGUGCCCCCUUGCAGGACAGCGGUGACGCCCAGCAGACCCUCCCGGAGCCAGGCACUGGCGCCCUUGCCAGCGGCUCAGUGCGGACCUGCGGACCCCUGACGGACGAGGACGUGGUCAGGCUGCGGCCUUGUGAGAAGAGGAGGCUGGACAUCAGCGGCAAGCUGUACCUGGCUCCCCUCACCACGUGUGGGAACUUGCCCUUCCGGCGGAUCUGUAAACGCUUCGGGGCCGACGUGACAUGCGGGGAGAUGGCCGUGUGCACCAAUCUGCUGCAGGGCCAGACGUCUGAGUGGGCGCUGCUCAGACGCCACCCGUGCGAGGAUGUCUUUGGUGUCCAGCUCGAGGGCGCCUUCCCUGACACCAUGACCAAGUGCGCCGAGCUGCUCAACCGUACCAUCGAGGUGGAUUUCGUGGACAUCAACGUCGGGUGCCCCAUCGACCUCGUAUACAAGAAGGGCGGGGGCUGUGCUCUCAUGAACCGCGCAGCCAAGUUCCAGCAGAUCGUCCGCGGCAUGAACCAGGUGCUGGACGUGCCGCUGACGGUGAAGAUCCGCACGGGCGUCCAGGAGCGCAUGAAUCUGGCACACCGCCUGCUCCCCGAGCUGCGGGACUGGGGUGCAGCCCUGGUCACGCUCCACGGCCGCUCCCGGGAGCAGCGCUACACCAAGCUGGCCGACUGGGAAUACAUCGCGCAGUGUGUGACGGCAGCCAGCCCCAUGCCCCUGUUCGGAAACGGGGACAUCUUGUCGUACGAGGAUGCCAACCGCGCCAUGCAGACAGGUGUCGCCGGGGUGAUGGUCGCCCGGGGCGCCCUGCUGAAGCCGUGGCUGUUCACGGAGAUCAAGGAGCAGCGGCACUGGGACAUCUCGUCAUCCGAGCGCCUGGCCAUCCUGCAGGACUUCACACAUUACGGCCUGGAGCACUGGGGCUCGGACACGCAGGGCGUGGAGAAGACCCGCCGUUUUCUCCUCGAGUGGCUGUCCUUCCUGUGCAGGUACGUGCCCGUGGGCCUGCUGGAGCGGCUCCCACAGAGGAUCAAUGAGCGGCCACCCUACUACCUGGGCCGCGACUACCUGGAGACACUCAUGGCCAGCCAGAGGGCCGCUGACUGGAUCCGGAUCAGUGAGAUGCUGCUGGGACCCGUGCCGCCCGACUUCGUCUUUCUGCCAAAGCACAAGGCCAACGCGUACAAGUAGCCACGGGGGGGGGGGGGGGGGGGAGGGNCAGCAGGGCCUCCUGCGGCACGAGAA